AGUUGCUACGUACCAUUGAGAAUCUAAACAGGGUUACUGAUCACGCACCAAAAGUCGACAAGUGGAAGAGAAAUGUUGAUGAAAACGUUGAAGGAGGAACCAGAAAGCAAACACGCAACGCUGCUAAAGUCAAUACAAGGAUAGCGAUGUUUCCUGAAACUGAGAACACCAGUUAUUAUGGUGAAUUGACUGAUGAAAACGAAAUGUCACAGAAAAGCAGUCAUGUUCAAUACGAGCAUAAGAAAUCAGUUUUAAACACUCGUCCUUGGGUCAAUAAACCUAUGGAAGAAUUAACAAACUUCACCUCCGAUGAUCGCAAUGAAGAGAGAAGCGUUGAUUCUCUGGAGAACAGUCGGGAGAAAACGCCGACAGAGACUAAUGCUGCAAAUAUGUCUGAUGCCUCGGACGAAACGUCUUGCUCUAAAACUGACUUUACAGAUACGAAACUCAAUGGUGAUUCAGAGGGACAUAAGGAUACACAGGAGGAUAUUCAAAGCCGGAGAAGUAGCGAAUCAAGCCGUCCUAUCAACAUAUCGGAGUCACGCGUAAAGAAGUCGGAGCCGUCUGAAACUAUCGGAGCUGAUAGAUUUAAGCUAUCACUAACGCCUGAAGACGUAUUAAAUAUCUCCAGAGAAAAAUUGACAGAAAUUUUGAUGGGAACAGCGACCCCAACUGUCGCUAAGACCAGAAGUCGCGAUAAAACCCCCCAGAAACAAGAAGAGUUGCGAGAGUGGAUGGCGAAGAAGAGAAAACUACGACAUAAAGAAUGGAGUCAGAAACUGGAUGAAAAGAGAGAGACAGAGUUCAAACCAUUCCAGAGUAAAAUACAGAAAGAGAAAGUCCAGCUAUCGUCAAAGAAACUUAAAAAGUGCGAAAAAGAAAGGGAAGAUAACCGAAGAACCCAAAAGAAGGAACAUGUCGAUGAGAGAUUGCUGUCCGCUUACGAUCUCAUGAAUGAAAUGGUUGCAGAGCACGCACCAAAAAGAGCUCCUUUAAUCACUCAAAAUUCUGUGACAAAUUCCCAGCGUAAAACCGGCAAGAAAACAACUCGGGUGAAGGCAAACAAUCGCUACAAGGAGAACAGAAAUCUCGACCAUAAAAAAGGAAGAAAGAUACCAACUGAGAAAACAAACUGGAAAUCAACGAGAGAACUUUCUAACACUCGAACCAUUCCUAGUCAGGCUGGCUUGACAAGGUUAAACAGUUCAGUGAAUACGGAGCUUAGCGUGCAAAACAGUGAUUUGCCAGAGUAUGCAUAUGAUGUUGAGGAGUCUGCAAGACAGUUUGUCACAAGGAAAAGUUACGAAAGUUACCAAAAAAAGAUGUCAGCGAGUUUUGAUUUUAACCAGAGUAUAUCAUCAAUACAUGGGGGUAGAUUCCAACAUUCCUUAGAUCCACGUGUUGAUGAAUUGCUCGAAGAUGUGUCUCUGGGUGACCCCCUUGAUUUCCAGAGAUUAGAUAAUAUUGAUAGUCUGCUCAGUGGAGAUAGCGAACUACGAGAUUUGUUAAAUGAUGUCAUAGAAAACAAACAAAGUCGUCGUAGUUUGUUGGAAACCGACGGAAACCGAAGGAACUCGAUGGAAGGCAGAUGGAGGGAUCCAAGCCCGUUUGACGAAAAGAGAAUAAUGUUGGAUACUUUCAAAGUAGAUCGAAUGAACAAGGCGAAAGAUUCACAUGAGAAACUUCCCGGAAUUUUAUCAGUGAAUGAAGAGGACAACUUAGAAAUGUCUGAUGAAGUCGCUGCACUUUUGGCGGAAGCCAAAGCAGCAAUUGGGGAUGAUUUUUCAGGAACAAGCGAAGUUGGAGAUAUUGAUUGGAAUGAAGUUGACGCGGUGUUAGAACAAAAUAAUUGA